GGUUCAGGUCCGGAGACGGUCGCAACCUGAGGUGCCUGCCGGUCCGGCUCUCGCCGAGAAGCUCUCUGGGUGACCCUUGGUCAAGUCACCGCCUCUUAGCCUGAUCUUAGCCUCCCGCACUGGGUUGCCGUGAGGGUAAAAGGACGGCGAGAACAAAGAGAUCCUGAAAUCUUUGGAAGAAAGGAACUGAGGAGGAAGAAUGUUGUGAAAUCCUCCUUACAGCCAAGCAUCCAGUCAUGGUUCUUACUAGUGUGAAUAAGACGAUUGGACUUCAGAGAAAUACUGCUUACAUCAGGAAUAUUUGUAUACUAGCUCAUGUGGACCAUGGCAAGACAACUUUAGCUGACUGUCUUAUUUCUAGCAAUGGAAUAAUCUCUAGCAGACUGGCAGGAAAGCUGAGAUAUUUGGAUAGCCGAGAAGAUGAACAAAUUCGAGGCAUUACAAUGAAAUCAAGUGCAAUUUCAUUGCUGUUUGGGAAAGAUAACCAGGAGUAUCUCAUCAAUCUAAUAGACUCCCCUGGCCAUGUGGACUUCUCAUCAGAAGUAUCCACAGCUGUCAGAAUCUGUGACGGCUGCAUCAUUGUCGUAGAUGCUGUGGAAGGAGUCUGCCCACAGACUCACGCAGUUUUGCGACAAGCUUGGCUUGAAAACAUACGUCCAGUCCUGGUGAUUAAUAAAAUAGAUCGUCUCAUACUGGAACUCAAGUUUACACCUCAAGAAGCCUAUUCUCACCUUAAGAAUAUCUUGGAGCAGGUGAAUGCAAUCACUGCAACUCUCUUCACUUCUAAAGUCCUAGAAGAAAGGGCUGAGAAAGAAAUAGAGACUCAGUCAACUUCUGAUUCUGCUCAUGGAGACCAAGUAUAUGACUGGAGUGCAGGCUUGGAGUUCACAGAUGAUUCUCACCUUUACUUUUCACCUGAUCAGGGAAACGUUGUAUUUGCCAGUGCAAUUGAUGGCUGGGGAUUUGGCAUAGAACAUUUUGCUAAGCUAUAUAGCCAGAAGCUUGGAAUUAAACCUUCAGUUCUGAUGAAGACCCUGUGGGGGGAUUACUAUUUAAAUACAAAAGCCAAGAAAAUCAUGAAAGUUGAUCAGUUGAAAGGAAAGAAGCCUUUGUUUGUGCAAUUGGUACUGGAAAACAUAUGGAGCCUUUAUGAAGCUAUUAUGAAAAGAGACAAGGAGAAAAUAGAUAAAAUAGUUUCCUCUCUGGGACUGAAAAUUGGUGCUCGCGAAUUGCGCCACACAGAUCCGAAGGUUCAACUUAAUGCCAUUUGUAGUCAGUGGCUACCAGUAUCGGAGUCAGUUCUUUCCAUGGUCUGCACUAAACUCCCUAGUCCUCUUGAUAUCUCUGCUGAGAGAGUGGAAAAGUUGAUGUCUGUUGGAGCGAAAACAUUUGACUCUCUACCCGAAGAAACACAAGACCUGAAAGCUGCGUUUAUGAAAUGCAGCAGUGAAGAAACUGCCCCAGUCAUUGUCUUUGUUUCCAAAAUGUUUGCAGUUGACGCUAAGACAUUGCCACAGAACAAGCCAAGGCCUCUGUCACAAGAAGAAAUGGCCCAAAGGCGCGAACUUGUAAGGCAACGGCACGCUGAGAAACUGGUGGCUAGUCAGGGGCAAGCGUCAGCACAGGAGGGGAUAGGAGGCAAACCAGUGGACCAAGCUCUAGAAACAAGAGAGACUGGAGGGGAGGAUCAGCUACCUGCCACUCAAAUGGAGGCUGUGAACCUGGCAUCUGUGCAACAGGAACCUGAAAAUAAGGAGGCAUUUGUUGCUUUUGCGAGGGUGUUCAGUGGAGUUGUGAAAAAGGGACAAAAGCUCUUUGUUCUUGGGCCAAAAUAUGAUCCUGCUGAAUCCUUACACAAGCUUCCUCAGGGAUGUUCAGCCGCAGAUGACCUCCCAUCAGUACCCCAUUUGACCUGCUGUACUGUGAAAGAUCUCUACUUACUGAUGGGAAGAGAACUAGAGGAGCUGCAGGAGGUGCCUUCGGGGAACGUGCUAGGAAUAGGAGGAUUGCAAGAAUUUGUACUGAAGUCAGCAACACUCUCCUCAUCCCCAGCUUGCCCACCCUUCCUUCCACUCAGCUUUGAAGCAACACCCAUUGUACGAGUUGCUGUGGAACCAAAACACCCAAGUGAGAUGCCACAGCUGGUCAAAGGUAUGAAGCUUCUAAACCAAGCUGAUCCUUGUGUACAGGUUUUGAUCCAGGAGACAGGGGAGCACGUGUUAAUUACAGCAGGAGAAGUCCAUCUUCAGCGCUGUUUGGAUGACUUGAAAAUGAGGUUUGCCAAGGUAGAAAUUAGUGUAUCAAAACCAAUUAUUCCGUUCCGAGAAACCAUUACAAGGCCACCCAAAGUUGACAGGGUGAAUGAAGAAAUAGGAAAGCAGCAGAAAGUUGCCGUCAUACACCAGAGUAAGGAGGAGCAGAAUAAAAUCCCUGAAGGUGUGCAGGUUGAUUCAGAUGGGCUCAUAACAAUAACAACACCAAACAAAUAUGCUACCCUUUGUGUCCGAGCCACACCACUUCCUGAAGAGGUAACUCAGCUUCUUGAGAAGAACAGUGACUUAAUUCGAACCAUAGAAAGGUUCACCUCCUAUUUCAAUGAAGGUAAGAAAACUCAGGAGGUGAAUAAGAAGACCCUUGACCAGAUACAGGAGUUUAAACAAAAACUUGAACAAAACCUGCAGGGUUGGAAAUGGAGAAAUGCCGUUGAUGGGAUCUGGUCCUUUGGCCCCCGAAAAUGUGGGCCUAACAUUUUGCUGAACAGAUUUGAGGGCUACAAGAGAUCUGUGUGGCAGUGCCUGGAAGGCAGCAAACCAACAAAAGAAGGAGGCCUGUAUCGGGAUUUUGAUAACAGUAUAAUAAGUGGAUUUCAGCUGGCUACACUUUCAGGACCAAUGUGUGAAGAACCACUUAUGGGUGUCUGCUUUUCUGUGGAGAAAUGGGAUAUGAGCAAAUUUGAAGAGCAAAUGUCACUUAAUAAGCAGGACUUGGAGGACAGGAAUGCUCAAGAAGAGACAAUGGGAAUGGAGGACGCGGCCCCUGUACUGAGGGUCAAAAAUAAAGAAUUGGUUUCUGAAAAUGAGCUCCAAGAAAGCAGUCGAGCCAAUCUCAAAUCAUCCAGUAAGUGCAAAGGAGAGACCUUGCUUGCAGACUGUUAUGGCCCUUUCUCUGGGCAGCUGAUUGCCACCAUGAAGGAAGCAUGUCGUUACGCCAUGCAAGCAAAGCCACAGAGGCUCAUGGCUGCCAUGUACACCUGUGAAAUUAUGGCAACAGCAGACGUACUAGGUCGUGUGUAUGCCGUCCUGUCCAAAAGAGAAGGCCGGGUCUUGCAAGAGGAGAUGAAAGAAGGUACAGAUGUGUUUAUUAUCAAGGCAGUGCUGCCGGUAGCAGAGAGCUUUGGCUUCGCUGAUGAAAUCAGGAAGAGAACGAGUGGCCUGGCCAGCCCACAGCUGGUGUUCAGCCACUGGGAGGUAAUUUCAGAUGAUCCAUUCUGGGUACCAACCACGGAGGAGGAGUAUUUGCACUUUGGGGAAAAGGCAGACUCUGAGAACCAGGCCCGCAAGUACAUGAAUGCGGUGAGGAAGCGGAAGGGGCUUUAUGUGGAAGAGAAGAUUGUGGAGCACGCUGAGAAGCAAAGGACUCUCAGCAGAAACAAAUAGCUGCUUCUGCUUCUCAGAUAAGUGCAGGCAGAUUAUCUUUUAUCCUGAAGAUCCCAAAAAGUCACCUUGGAUGUUCUGUGCUGAGUGAGUUUUCUUACUGUCACUUAUCUGUGGCUUGAGUUUUAAUAAACCUAAGCCUUUUCAAACA